CAGCAGAGGACGGUCCGGCACUCCGUGGUCAGUUAACGCUGAAAGAUGAAUGUUUAUGAGGACGCGCCGUCGGGGAGCAGGAUGGAGAUGUCUGAGUGCGUGAAGACGGAGGACGUGUACCAGACUCUCCACCAUCCUCCUCCAGUGAAGAACCCAAACCCAACACACGAGCCAGUGAGGGGCUGCAGGAUAAAGACUGUGCUGAUGGUCUUCAACACUCUGCUAUUGAUCGUCAUCCUGAUAUUGAUCGGAAUCUUCACUGCAAAUCAAUUACAAAGUGCUGAAGUGAACAAGCCAGAACCACAAAGUGCUGAUGUAAAGGAAACGAAAGCCUCUGGUAAGGACAGUGAGAGAGAGGAGCUGUGGCGUCUCCACGACGAUGUGUUUUAUCUGUUCUGGGAGGCUGAGGGGAACUGCAGCGAGGCCCUGAAGUUCUGUAAAGAUAGAAACUCCGAAAUUGCCACCACUUCAGGCAGGGAUAGAUUUGAUCACUGGAUAUUUCUCGAUGAAUCUUUUCACCACCCUGCAAAUCCUGAUCACGAGGGGCCAAUGCCACAAAGGGCCUCCCCCACUAUCUCCCACUGCCUAUAUGCCAAGGUGCUGGAAAGGAGACUUCAACCAACAUUUGAACCUCAGAUUGAGGAGGAACAAUAA